CGAAAUUUUCAGACUGAAAGUAAAAGCGAUCGCCGGGUAAAUUCGAUAGAUAUGAUUUUCAUUGCAGAACGAGGAAAGAUUUAGUUAAUUACAGACAAAAGAACAUCGGCUGCUGCUAUGGCUGAAUGUGUCUCGAACAUUCCUCGAGGGGAAGACGAUAUUGAGGACAUCUUGGGAUCUUUGCGUUCAAGGAUUCAGUCGAGGGACCCAUCACAUCGACCGGAUUUCGAUUACAAACUAAAGGAAAUAAGUGACUGGGUGAGGAAACAAAAGGAGUGUGCUCAGUCCAAAUCAACGCAAAUUCCUAUUGAAAAUCAGGGUAAAGUUAUCGUAGCUUUCAUAAAUACUUUAGACAAGUUUCGAAGUAAAAACACCCAUGAAGUUUACAAGGGAGUCUUGGAGAUCAUAUCUAGUGAGGCUGUCUUGAAAGGCAAGCCGUAUGGACCAGAACUUAAAGUGCUGUGCAGCAUCAUCAGUGCAAUUCUCGUUGUCAACAAGUCAAAGGAAUCAUGUGUUGUGGACAGAUUAGCGAAAGUAGUUCACGAUGAAUUGACUCUCUUCAACAGGAAGUUUCAAGACCAGAAAUAUGAUGGUCUCCGACGGCGUGUGUCAGACCAGAUCUUCCAGCUUCGGUCGAUGCAGCCUGGAGAGAAACUUGAUGAUGAGAAUUUAUGGAAUGAUUACGUUCAGUUUUUAGGCGAGUUGGCCAACAGGUUUGAGUCGCCGCUUCCUUUCAAGUAUGAAGACAGCUUGGCGGAAGAUCCUGAAGUGGCAGAUUGCGUAACAGCCUUGGUGACGUAUUGCGAAGCCUAUGGCUGUUUCAUGGCUCUUCUGUUAGCUGCUAAAGGAAAAUAUGUUGAGUUUAGAAGUGAGUAUAAAGUGAAUGAAGAGGUCGUGAAUCGAAAGAUCAGCCGUCAAAGAGAGGAUACGAAAGCAAAACUGGAUUUCUUGUCAGAUGAGAGGUAUUUGACCUUUCUUGGAAGACUUCCUCACCAUGGAGGAAAAUUGACCAAGAUUUUGGCUUUAAGCAGAAAUCUUCGGGCUAAGGGCUUGGUGGAGGUAGUUAGAGGAAGCUUGGAUUUGACACCAAUGCAGAGCCUUGACACUGUGGAAUCUGAUGCAAGAAAAGUUUCUCGCCAGUCAGUGAAGGGAAAAGCAGAAGGGCAUCAAAUUUUUAAUGGAUCCCCUUUGAAAUGUCUAUUUUUUUCACUUUGGGGGCCAAAGUUUUACGCUCAGUUCAUCAACGAGACAGACUUCCCCGUGAAAAUUGUUUCUGGAAGAAUCGGUCAGAAUAAAGGUAACCUUGAGAUUGUCCAAGUUCUUCAACCCCAUGCAUCUCAUUCACAGAGAGCAUUUUCCUUUACUGAUUUUAUGUGCGGGUUCUCUACUGGAGGCUACAUAAUCCUUUAUAUGAAUGGAGUCGUAAGCCCAGGUACGGAACCACCCACAGACGAUGCAAGGGUUAUCGAGUUUGCUUUAUCGCGGGGCCACAUGCCACCGAUUUUAAAUCACAAGAUUAACAUUGAGGACAAAACAAACAAUGAAUUUACGAGUGGUAAAGACACUUAUAAGAAAAUGAAUUCUAUGGAAACCAAGAGUUUGUAUUGGUUUGAAAGAGGAAUUCACUUCAUGGCAAGAGGAGAGAUUGUAACAGAAAGAUUCAAUAUAGGUAUCUGGCGUUUUCUUAUCCAGGAGUUUGAUCCUUUAGCUGUAGAAGAUUAAACGUGCAGUUUCACUUUUUAGCCUACAAGACUUUUCUUCAUGUUCAUGACCAUAUUGCCGCCAUAUUUUUUACUCGCAUAUACCCGUUCAGAUUAAAUCCUUCCGUUCGAAGGUGUAUAUUAUGUUAAUUUUGAUAUUUUUGGUUUGAAUCACUCUAAACAGCAGAACUAUCGCAUCACUGAUUCUGCUUGUUAAGACAUGUACUUUAUAGGUUUCACAAAUCGUAGCCUCCGUAAAUACCCAAGACAAGUUUCGAAGUGAAAGCACUCACGAAGCUAACGAGAGACGGUCGUCGAGUUAAUGUCCAGUGUGACAAUUUUGAUAGGCUAGCCAUAUAUGUAUGGACUUACCCUUUAAGUGCUAGGUAGCAUCAUAAGUUCAGUUCCCAUCGCCAACAAGCCAAAGGUAAGGCUUUUGAUUCGGUAAAACAUGACUUGUUAUCUGUCAAACUUAAACAGAUAGGUUUGAGUCCUUACAUUACCAAUUGGUAUCUGAGUUUUUUGGAGGGUAGGAAGCAGAGACUGUUGUAUGAUGGAUUUGUCGGACAAUGGAAAGAUGUUAAUAAGGGUACCACGCAAGGAAGUGUGAGCGGCCCCCAUUUGUUUACCAUAUUCCUUAAUGAUCUAGAGAUAAGUUUGAAUGGUAAAGAUAUUCUGUUUAAGUAUGCUGAUGAUACUAGUAUUGUUUCGCCCGUGUGGAAAGAACAGGAUAACUCUAUGGAUAUAGUAAGAGCAUUUAUGGAAUGGUCAGAGAAGAACUGUAUGUCUAGUAAUAGUAAAAAAUGCAAGGAGCUAGUUAUCAGAAAGAAAAGCUGUACGA